AUGGCUUUGAAUUAUGCGGAUUUAAAGCUAUUAAGGAAGGGUUUGGGUUAUACUAGGAGAAAUAGGAACUGGGUUGUUGCUUUAGGAGCUCUAGGUGUUACUGGUUAUGGCGCUUAUAGGGCUUAUUACUCACCCUCUAUGGUUAGAAAGAGGAAAAGAUUUUUGAAGCUCAUAAGUGCUUUUGUUUCUUUAGCUGAGAUGGUGGCUGAUUCUGCUGAUGUAAUUGGGAUUGUUUCGAAAGAUCUGAAGGAAUUCAUUUCCUCUGACUCUGAUCAUAUUCCUAGAAGUUUGAAACAGAUUUCUAAGAUUGCUAAAUCAGAUGAGUUUUCACAAUCUAUUGUUAAGGUCACUAGUGCGUUGACCGUAGGAGUUGUGCGAGGCUACCAGCAAGAAACUGCGGAAAAUGGUGUUUCUGGGGCUGCAAAUUCUGGGCUUUUUGACCAGGUUUUAGAUAAACUGUUUACUGAUGCAGGGUCUGGUUUUGCUUCUGUAAUUGUUGGGAGCUUCGCGAGGAAUUUGGUUCUUGCUUAUUGUUCGGACAAAAAAGGCAAUGCUACUGAUUCUGAUAUUGAACACUCUGUUCCAGGAUGGGCUGAUGUUCUAUGCCAGGACAAGUGCAGAGAACUUAUAGGAAAUUGUAUACAAUUGUUUGUGAGUACUGCAGUUGCUGUGUAUCUUGAUAGAACAAUGAACAUCAACACCUACAAUGAAAUCUUUUCUGGGUUAACAAAUCCCAAGCAUGAAACCAAAAUGAGAGAUAUGUUAGUAGCCAUAUGUAGUGGUGCCAUUGGAACUUUUGUCAAAACUUCUCAUCAAGUUUUGACAAAUGGUGAUAUGGAUACAACUUCGGAAAUAUAUUCGUCUAUGCCACUUAGUUUCAAAGCCAAGAAAUUUUGGGACGAAGAUGAGAACAUGUACACUGGGUGGACAAAUAAAGUAUCUUCUACUUUGGCAGUGCCAAGAAAUAGAAGGUUUAUUCUUGAUUUGACUGGGAGGGUCACCUUUGAGAGUGUUAGAUCUUUCUUGGAGUUUCUUCUGGAAAAGUUGUAUGAGUGUGUGCGAAAAAGCAUAGAUGUUGUCCAGGAGGAAGUUGUGACUCUGAGAAGAAGUGUAGAUGUUAUACAAGAGGAAGUGGUUGAUAGGAGUAGUGAAGCUUGCAGGUAUGUGAGUGGGAAAUCUUCUAUUGCUGUUAGUGUAUGCCUCGCUUUGUGUUUGCACAUACUUAAUGGUCCUUGGAUCUUGGUUCCAAAUUAG